AUGUCCACACAAUUUGUGCAACCACCACCACCACCCAUCGAAGUAACCCAACAAGCAUACACAACCCAGUCGGGUCAUGGAUCAGUUGGACCCGUCAUUGCGGUUCUUGCAGUCAUCACCGUUUUGGGUAUCAUCGCCGGUAUGAUUGGUAGGCUCUGUUCGGGUCGUCGGGUCAUGGGUUAUGGUGAAUACGACAUUGAAUCAUGGGUUGAAACCAAAUGCUCCUCUUGUGUCGGUGGAAGAAUAGUCCCUCCUCCCCCACCUCGUCCGCCGGUGAAUGAACCCGAAGCCGCUGCUGAGAAUUCUCCGGCGGUGGAAGAUUCUCAAGAGAUUAAAGAAGAAGAACAAUCACAACAACAAUCUAGGCAAAGCUCACUAGGUCAUAGUAGUGGUUAA